AUGGCAUACCUCCUCGUCGCCGCCGGAGUUCUUCUCCGACAGGAAAUCCACGAACGGAAAGAGUUACAGCGCGAGAAGAAGCGACUCGCGUAUGAGCAGUGGUAUCGUGAGCUGGAACAGGAACAUGCCGAUAGAAUAAGCAGUGUUUCGCAACAAGUCAUGGCUGGGCCCGAUAGUGGGAGUAUCGGGCCAUGGCGUGAAAAUUCUGCAGUCUCCGGCGGCGAUGUGCAGAGAAGGAAUGAUAUCGAAGACAGUGGGCGAAGAGGCAGCGAAGACAACCUACACGAUGGCUUGACAGGCACUGGUGACAGGGUCGUGAGGGAAAGAGCACAUGUUACGAUCACGUAG